UAUACACACACAACACAAACACAAUUCUCUCACCUUAUUCAUUUCAAUUUUUUUUUCACCAUGGAAAUAUCAACAAUGGCACAAGGCAUGCAACUCCAUGCCCGUUUACUCAAAACAAGCAGCCAACAAGACCAAACCCAUUCCCAAUUUCUCAGUAAACUCUUCACUUUCUCCGCCCUUUCGCCUUCCGGUAACCUUGCCUACGCUCGAUGUAUACUCAGCACUCUCACAAGUCCAAACAAUUCAUAUUACUACAACACCAUGAUACGUGCAUAUUCGGACUCACCCGACCCAACCCGGUCCAUCAGACUCUUCCUCGCCAUGCAUGAAGAACCCGGGGUCGUCGUGCCCCGGCCUGAUAAGUAUACGUAUCCGUUCGUGCUCAAGGCUUGUGGGAGACUACGUGAUGUUCGGGUUGGGGAGCAGGUGCAUGCGUUGGUUGUGAAGUCCGGGUUGAAGGUGGAUUUAUACGUGAAUAAUGCGCUUGUGCAUAUGUAUUUUGGAUGUGUUGAUUCGGGUAAUGCUCGUAAGGUGUUCGAUGGAAUGUCCGAGAGAGAUGUCGUUUCGUGGACGACGAUGAUUGAUGGGUUGGUUGAUAAUGAUAGGGGUAUCGAAGCGAUUAGGUUGUUCGGGGAGAUGAUGGAGAGUGGGGUGGAGGCGAAUGAGGCGACUUUGGUUUCGGUUCUGAGAGCAUGUGCCGAUACUGGAGCGUUGAGUGUUGGACGGAAGGUUGAUGGUUUGGUUAAGGAGGGGAGUAUUGGGAGUGUGAAGGGUAACGUUGGGACCGCGCUUAUUGAUAUGUACGCGAAAUGUGGGUGUGUAGAUGAGGCGAGACGAGUUUUUGAUGAGAUGACGGAGAAGGAUGUUUAUGCUUGGACAGCGAUGAUAUCCGGUCUUGCAAGUCACGGGCUUUGUGAGGAGGCGAUGGAGCGUUUUGAGGAGAUGAAGAGUGUUGGUGUGAAGCCGGAUGAAAGAACAAUGACUGCUGUUUUAUCGGCUUGUAGGAAUGCCGGUUGGAUUGGUAGAGGAUUGUAUCAUGUAAGGAGUAUGAAGAAGUAUAUGUUGAGACCUACGAUUCAGCAUUAUGGAUGUAUAGUAGAUACGUUUGUGCGUGCUGGACAGUUGGAGGAGGCGGAGCAGUUUAUCAGGAAGAUGGUGCCGAUUGAUCCGGAUGUUGUGCUAUGGAGGACGUUGUUAUGGGGUUGUAAGAUUCACGGAGAUGUUGAAAGGAGUGAGCGCUUAUUAAAGGACGUUGAGCUUUUGAAAAUGGAUUCUCGUGAUUGUGGGAGUUACGUACUUCUUGGGAAUGUCUAUGCAGCCACGGGGAAUUGGAAGGAGAAGGCGAAGAUGAGAGAGUUGAUGAAUCAAAGAGGGUUAGUGAAGACACCGGGGUCUAGCAGGAUUGAGAUUGAUGGCAACAUCCAUGAAUUUACAGCGGGAGACUCCAGACACGUUGAAUCAGAUAAUAUCUAUGCAAAAUUGGAUGAAAUAGAAGAAAACGUUAGCAGAGAAGGUUAUGAUCCCAAAGUUUCGGAGGUAUUACUUGAAAUAGAUGAUGACGAGAAAGCAUCUCAGCUUCUCCACCACAGCGAGAAACUUGCAUUGUCCUUCGGACUUAUUAAAACUAAUCCGGGAACUGUCAUAAGGAUAGUGAAGAACCUAAGGUCUUGCGAGGAUUGUCAUUUGUUCAUGAAACUAAUCUCAAAGUUAUACCAAAGAGAGAUCAUCAUUAGGGACCGUAUCCGUUACCAUCACUUCAGGGAUGGCGAAUGUUCUUGUGGAGAUCGAUGGUGAUUGUAGUUUUCAUCGCUGAGAAAAUGUACCAACCAUUUGUUUUACAAGGACUCGGACCAAGAACUUUCUGCAACUGUUGCAUCUACAUUAUGGCAUCGAUGACCUCAAUUUUGAUCGCUCAAUCCAUGAUUUUCACAAGCGUGACCAACAUAGUUACGAAAGGAAACAGAGGUACAUGAAAAAUCUGAUCACAAUGUUUAAGAUAAUGCAACAAUCCUAUAGUUUUGUACUUUAUGAAGUUGUAUGAAGAUGUUUAUACUA